ACAGGCUGCCCGGCUUAUAAAAGUAGGUGAACCCUUUCUCCAUCCUUACAACACCUUGUGAGGAUCACUCGUUGUUGUGAAGCCAUGGUGAUCAAGUGCACCGCUGUGUGCCUGGUGGCACUGGCCUUGCUCGGCAGCGUGUGCAAUGCUCAGCGCUACCCAAGUCAGAGACAGGACACCAAACAGGGGAACCAAGAUACCCAGCAGACAAGGACCCCAUUUGAAAAGCCGCUCACCUGGAUGUACCCCGAAGAGCCCCAGGCUGAGCCUAAGCCUGACGUUCCCUUUGAGCUCCGGCACCCUGUCCCUGCUGCAACUGUUGCUGUGGACUGCCGCGAGAAGAACACACACGUGGAGGUCAAGAAGGACUUAUUUGGAAUAGGCCAGUUCAUCAAUCCUGAUGACCUUACUCUGGGAAACUGCGGCCAUGUGGGGGAAGACUCAGUCGCUCAGGUGCUGAUUUAUGAGUCUGAACUGCAUGAUUGCAACAGCAGGUUACAGAUGACGGACGACUCUCUCAUCUACACCUUCAGUCUCCAGUACAACCCCAAACCAUUGGGCGACUCCCCUGUUGUGAGGACUACAAAUGCUGCCGUGAUUGUGGAAUGCCACUACCCAAGGCAUCACAACGUGAGCAGCCUACCUCUCGACCCACACUGGGUCCCGUUCUCUUCCGUCAAGGUUGCAGAGGAGUUCUUGUACUUCAGUCUGACCCUCAUGACCAGCGACUGGAUGAAUGAGAGGCCCCGCUACGAGUACUAUCUAGGGGACAUGAUUUUUGUCGAGGCCACAGUCAAGCAGUACUAUCACGUGCCCCUCCGUGUUUAUGUGGACAACUGUGUGGCUACGCUGACACCCGAAAUUAACUCCAGCCCCAGAUAUGCCUUCAUUGAGAAUGGAUGUUUAAUUGAUGCAUGGAUCACGAGAUCGGACUCUAAAUUCAUGCCACGCACAGAAGAGAACAAGCUUCGGUUCAUGUUAGAGGCCUUUAGGUUCCAGGGUGCUGAAAGUGGAUUGCUCUACAUGACUUGCUACAUGAGAGCCACAUCUACAAGCCGCAGCAUUGAUUCUGACCACAGGGCCUGCUCCUUCAUAAAUGGUUGGAAGGAGGCUAGCGGAGUGGAUGCGGCAUGCAACUCCUGUGACGCCGGUGGAUACGGAUCUUCUGGUCAAGGUGUAGUGAACAGUGGAGGCAACGCAGGAUGGAACCCAGGCAAAACAGAUGGCCAACAAGUGGGUGGUUCCUGGGGCACUGGUGGCGGUGGUUCCUCCGGCAGUGGCAAACAAGUGGGCGGUUCCUGGAACCCUGGCGGUGGCAAACAAGUGGGCGGUUCCUGGAACCCUGGUGGCAAACAAGUAGGCGGUUCCUGGACCACUGGCGGCGGUUCAGGUGGCAAACAAAUAGGCAGUACCUGGGUCACUGGCGGCGGUUCAAGGAAGGGCCGUUCAUUGACAGAUGAAGAGACAGUCUGGAAAGGUGCUGUCACGCUGGGUCCCAUCGCCAUUGGAGAGCAGCAAUAAACUCAACAUCCUUCCAUGGCAAUCGAAAUAAACAUUCGCAUUGGCUCAUGACUGACUGGAUGUUAUUCCCUGUGCAACUCUUCUCGCUAUUACCGCCGUUUAAACAAAAAGAAAGAGGAAAAAAGCCUAAUUAAAGUUUAAGUGUCAGAAAGAGAAAAACCUUUGAAAUUGUCACUUAUUUUGCAUUGCCGCUGUGUAAAGAUAUGAAUAUGUAAUAAAAGGCACCGCGUCUCUUUUUUUUUUUUUUUUUCAAGUCAGAGAUUGUAAAUCUUU